AUGUUAAUUGCAGGAGAUGGCGAUAUAGAUGCUCCCAUCACCUGCAUUCCUGGGCUAGAAACGGUCAUGUGUCGCAAAGAUCUUUCAGACAGAAGGUGCGUGGCAUGGCUAGAAUCUCAGGCGUCGAGAUCAGUGGUACAUGUUAGCUUUGGAAGUAUAGAAGCGUUGAGUCGUGAUCAGCUGUUAGAGGUGUGGCAUGGGUUAGUCAACAGCGGUAAGCCAUUCUUGUGGGUGUUACGGCCAGACUCUGUUGCGGAAAAGGAGAGUGAUUUCGUUGGGACUCUGGAGAAGCUUGAAAGGGCGUGCAUAGUGGGUUGGGCGCCACAAGAGGAGGUUCUGCUUCACCCGGCUGUUGGUGGGUUUCUGUCCCACUGUGGGCGGAGCUCAGUGAUAGAGGGCAUUCUGGGACGUGUUCCUAUGAUUUGCUGGCCACAGUUCGGUGACCACCAUAUCAGCACCAUGAGCGUAAGGGGAGCUUUACAAGUUUGGCCUCACAAUGGACAAGUGUGA